AUGGUGAAGGUGCGGAUGAACACCGCCGACGUGGCGGCGGAGGUGAAGUGCCUCCGCCGCUUGAUCGGUAUGCGGUGCUCCAACGUGUACGAUCUCUCACCGAAGACAUAUGUGUUUAAGCUGAUGAGUAGCAGUGGGGUGACGGAGUCGGGUGAGAGUGAGAAGGUUUUGCUGUUGAUGGAAAGUGGUGUAAGGUUGCAUACAACAGAGUAUAUGAGGGACAAAAGCAUUACGCCAUCAGGUUUUACCUUGAAAUUAAGGAAACACAUUAGGACGAGGAGGCUUGAAGAUGUGCGGCAACUUGGAUAUGAUAGGAUAAUUCUCUUUCAAUUCGGGCAGGGUGUUAAUGCCCACUAUGUCAUAUUGGAGCUUUAUGCCCAAGGGAAUGUUAUUCUUACAGAUUCUGAGUUCACCGUCUUGACUCUCCUUCGUUCUCACAGGGAUGAUGAUAAGGGGAUUGCAAUUAUGUCUCGGCACCGAUAUCCAGUCGAACAAUCUCGAAUCUUUGAGCGUACAACUAGAGAAAAGAUGUCAGUGGCCCUACAAUCGUUGGUGGAAGCCCAUAGAGACGAUAAUCUAGAUGGCAGUGAACAUGGACAUGAUAGUAAUCAUGCCCUGACACAGAAGCAUGAUAACCAGAGAAAUGUGAAGCCUAGUCAGUCGAAGAAAAGUGAUAAUGCCCGUGCCAAGCAGGCAACUCUGAAAGUUGUCCUUGGAGAAGCAUUGGGUUAUGGACCGGCGUUGUCUGAACACAUUAUUUUGGAUGCUGGUCUGAUACCAAGUACGAAAAUCAGUAAGGAUAUACAAUUGGAUGAUAACACCAUCCAUUUUCUGGCUGAAGCUGUGUUGAGGUUUGAGGACUGGCUAGCAGAUGUUAUUUUUGGUGAGAAAGUUCCAGAGGGUUACAUCCUGAUGCAGCAAAAGAAUUCGGGUAAACGGGAUGGUGUUGUGUCUGAGAAGGGUACCUCUGAGAAGAUAUAUGAUGAGUUCUGCCCUCUGCUGCUGAACCAGUUCAAAUCAAGAGAUUCUGUACAGUUUGAGACAUUUGAUGCAGCGUUGGACGAAUUCUAUAGUAAAAUUGAAAGUCAACGUUCUGAACAACAGCAGAAGGCUAAAGAAAAUUCUGCCAUGCAGAGACUUGACAAGAUCAAAAUAGAUCAGGAAAGCCGUGUGCAUGCACUAAAGAGAGAGGUUGAGCAGAGUAUUAAAAAAGCAGAAUUGAUUGAAUACAACUUAGAAGACGUAGAUGCUGCCAUCUUAGCAGUCCGUGUAGCUCUUGCAAAUGGUAUGAGCUGGGCUGACCUGGCUCGUAUGGUGAAAGAGGAGAAGAAAUCUGGAAACCCUGUCGCUGGUCUCAUUGACAAGCUUCAUCUGGAAAGAAAUUGCAUCACACUUCUCCUUAGCAACAAUCUUGAUGACAUGGAUGAUGAGGAGAAGACACAGCCUGUAGACAAGGUUGAAGUUGAUCUUGCGCUUUCUGCACAUGCUAAUGCUCGUCGAUAUUAUGAAAUGAAGAAGAAACAAGAGAGCAAGCAGGAGAAAACUGUUACAGCACAUGAGAAAGCAUUCAAAGCUGCUGAGAGGAAAACCCGCCAGCAACUUUCACAGGAAAAAGCAGUCGCCUCAAUCACACACAUGCGCAAGGUUCACUGGUUUGAAAAAUUCAAUUGGUUCAUCAGCAGCGAGAAUUAUCUAGUUAUCAGUGGAAGAGAUGCUCAACAAAAUGAGAUGAUAGUCAAACGCUAUAUGUCAAAAGGAGACCUGUAUGUCCAUGCGGAACUCCAUGGCGCUUCUAGUACUGUGAUCAAGAAUCACAAACCUGAAGUCCCUGUUCCCCCUCUCACCUUGAACCAAGCUGGAUGUUAUACAGUCUGCCACAGCAAGGCUUGGGACUCGAAGAUAGUGACUAGUGCGUGGUGGGUAUAUCCACACCAGGUCAGUAAAACAGCCCCCACUGGAGAAUAUCUUACGGUUGGGAGCUUUAUGAUUCGAGGUAAAAAGAAUUUUCUACCACCACACCCUCUCGUUAUGGGCUUUGGGAUAUUGUUUCGUCUGGAUGAGAGUUCUCUAGGAUCUCAUCUGAAUGAAAGGAGGGUAAGAGGAGAAGAGGAAGGAUUAAAUGACACCGAGCAAAGUGAGCCUUUCCAAGAGAUAUCCGACUCUGGUUCUGAUUCCGAGAAGGAACUAUCUGGUGCAAAGGUCACAUCAGACUCGUCGAACCUUGUGGAUUUAUCAUCGGAAAGACCACCCAAGGGGGUUUUGUCUCCAGUGGUCCAGUCCAGUGACUUGAAUGGUUUCGAUGUGCCUGUUAAGCUUGACGUGGCUGAUGAAACUUCUACUUCAGCGAAUCAUAUUUCUAAUGAUGAGGAACUUGAGUCUUCUAGCAAAACAUCUGCUAUUACGCCAGAUUUAGAGGAUUUAAUAGAUCGAGCUCUCGAGCUUGGACCUGCUACUGCAUCUGUUAAGAAAUAUGAGCUCCAGUAUUCGAAAGAGGAAUUAGUGGAGGAACACAACCUUGAAAAUGCAGUGCAGAGAGAUAAACCUUAUAUCUCCAAAGCUGAAAGAAGAAAGCUUAAGAAAGACCAGAAAGAUGACGCUGCCAGUUCAUCCGCUGCAAUUGAUAAGCAAAAAGGACAUAAAAAAUACGUAAGCCAGGCUGAGAAUGAUGGUAAGAAUCCAAAGCCAGGUGGUGGAAAACCUAGCCGUGGACAGAGAGGGAAGUUGAAGAAGAUAAAGGAAAAGUAUGCUGAUCAAGAUGAAGAGGAACGGAGCAUUAGAAUAGCCCUGUUGGCAGCCGCUGGAAAGUCAAAGAAGAAAACUGAGAAGACUGAGAUUGAAAAUGUCACUUUAGAAAAAGGGCCCAAACCUGCUACAGAACCUGCUGCUGAUGAUUCAAAGAUAUGUUACAAAUGUAAGAAGGUAGGCCAUAUGUCUCGAGACUGUCCUGAACAUCCGGAUGCAACUCCAAGCACUAAAGUAGAUGGUGAGGUGGACAGGGUGACCAUGGAGGAAGAUGAUAUUCACGAGAUUGGGGAAGAAGAAAGAGAGAAACUGAAUGAUGUGGACUACCUUACUGGAAAUCCACUACCGAAUGACGUCUUAUUGUAUGCUGUGCCAGUCUGUGGUCCUUACAAUGCUUUACAAUCAUAUAAAUACCGUGUGAAGAUAAUCCCUGGCACGUUAAAGAAAGGAAAAGCGGCCAAGACAGCCAUGAAUUUGUUCGGUCAUAUGGCUGAGGCAACAACCAGAGAGAAGGAAUUAAUGAAGGCUUGCACGGAUUCUGAGCUCGUUGCCGCCAUUAUCAGCAACGUGAAAGUCUCGGCUGCAGGCCUCACUCAGCUCAAGCAGAAGCAGAAGAAAACCAAGAAAGCUGCAAACAAGGGAGGAACCUAA